AUGAGCACGCUCGAGCGCACGAAGCGCCACAAGCAGCGCAAGAUCCUGCUAAUGGGCAGGUCCGGCGCAGGAAAAUCUUCGAUGCGAUCCAUGAUAUUCCAGAACUAUGUGGCCAAAGACGUCCGAAGACUGGGCGCGACCGUGGACGUGGAGCACAGCAACAUCAAAUUCAUGGGGAAUCUAAUGCUCAACCUUUGGGACUGCGGAGGUCAAGAUUCCUUCGUCGAAUCAUACUUGACGAAUCAAAGAUCCCACGUCUUCACAUCCGUCGCCGUGCUCAUAUUCGUCUUCGACAUCGCAUCCAAAGAAGCCGCGCCGGAUCUAAUCAGCUUUGCGUCAACGAUCCGAGCCCUACAGGAAUUCAGUCCGAACAGCAAAAUCUUCGUGCUGGUGCACAAAAUGGACCUCGUGGCUCCGGAUCAGAAGAAUACCGUGUACGCGCAGAAAGUCAAAGAGGUGCGCGCGACGUGCGAGCAGGAAGGCUUCUCCGCAAAGCAAGUCGAGUUCCAUUCCAGCUCGAUCUGGGAUCAAAGUUUGUACCGCGCGUGGACGCAGGUGAUCUACUUCCUCGUCCCGAAUGCGUCAACGAUUGAGGGAAUGCUUCAGAAACUAGCCGAACUCCUCGAUGCGCGCGAGAUGAUUCUCUACGAGCGGACGACAUGCCUCGUCGUAACGCACAUAACUCGCGGCAACGAAUCACGCAAUCCUUAUGCCGAUCGCUUCGAACGUAUCAGCAGUAUCCUCAAAACUCACAAACAUUCCAUGUCGAAACAUACGGGGAUGAUGCCUUCGGAAGUCUCGUUUGCGGAAAUGCAGAUCAAGACGGGAGAUUUUAUGUUUUUUAUCACGCGACUUACGGAGAAUACGAAUCUUGCUGUGGUGAUGCCGAGUGAUGAGGCGGCGUUCAAUGCGGCGAGGGUGAAUGUUCAGUUGGCGAGGAAGGAAUUCGCGUAUUUGGAUAUUGUGGAUUCGAAGAAGGGAAAAGAGAGUUAG